AUGAGUGCAGCCGCACAUACGUGUGUAGCCGCAUACACGUGUGUGACUGCACACUUACACAACAAUUUGGCAGAGGAACACAGUCGUUUACACAAUGUGGAAGUUGGAACUCAGUUUGAAGAAGGCGAUGAGAAUCUUAAUGAAGAUGUAGAUUUUUUGAAAGAGAUAGAUUUCACCGGGAUCAGUGAUGAUCUCCCUUCAAACAUUGAACUUGAUCUUGAUGAUGAAGAGUUUGGUCCACUUCCGGGGUUUGACAAUAGUUGUUUUAGAAAGUUCAAUGAAGUUGCUCCUUUAGCAACCAAGACUGGGGAAGAAAUUAAUGCUCUCAAAAUUUUUCUCUCUGCUUCCAAGCCUUUGGAGCCCCAAAUCUCCCAUUUUUCUUUGGAAAGAAGUCAAUCAAAUACAAUUCUGGGAGUGCCUAUUUCCAGCCAUGAACCUCAGGUCUUAUCCACUAUUACCACUACUACUAUUGUCACUCCACCACUACAGUCAGAUGAAGGCCCAAGCACAAUAUUUGAGAUAGGUGGUUCAUCCUCUAUUCUAGAGUAUUCUCCUACACGGCCCUCACUGGAUGAAGCCUCAAUCAGAUUGGCCAAGCACCUUGCAUAA